AUGGCGACUCUGGCAUUGGCAUCUUGGGCCACUAACUUGACUUACACCGACCUCAGCCCGUCGGUGGUCGAUGCGGCUGUCAAAAGUGUAUACAACUGGGCUGGCUGCGCGAUUGGCGGGUAUGGCCAGGAUGCGCCCCGUAUUGCCCAGGCCUCGACCCAAGCCUUCUUCGGCGGGCCACCCACGUCUAGCAUCCUGGGUGCCAAUGGAUCAAUCAGCGACGCCUACGCGGAUGCGCAGCUCGCGGCGCUCAUAAACGGCAUCGCCUCCCACGUCGACGACUACGAUGACACCCACCUGGAGACCAUCAUCCACCCGGCGGGACCCGUCGCCAGCGCGCUCCUGGCCGUGGCCGAGUGGCAACAACCGGUCACGGGCCAGGACUUCUUGACUGCGUUCGUGGCCGGGGUGGAGGCGGAGUGCAAGCUGGGAUUGAGCGUCUCCCCGGAGCACUACGACGUUGGCUGGCACAUAACGAGCACCACAGGGUCGGUCGGCGCUGCGGUCGCGGUUGGCAAGCUGCUUGGGCUAAAUACGACCCAGAUGCAGCAUGCCAUUGGCGUGGCGGCCACUCAAGUCGUGGGCAUGCAGGAAUUCUUUGGUUCCAUGACCAAGUCUUUUCAUGUCGGCCGGGCCGCCCAGGGUGGAAUGCUCGCUGCCCUCUUGGCGAGGAAUGGAUACACAAGCUCACUGCAGGCAUUGGAGGCCAAGUACGGGUGGCUUCACGUUGUGAGCACCCGCGAGAAUGCCACGGCGUACUUCGACCAGCUGGGCCAAGCAUGGGAGAUCGAGAAGAACACCUUCAAGCCCUUCCCUUGCGGCAUUGUGAUGCACCCGACCAUAGAUGCAGCCACGCAGCUGCACAAUGCGUCGAUCGAGCAGGGCAAAAAGAUGUCUGAUGUCAAGAACAUCAACUUGCAGGUCAACUCCGAGGUCCUCGUUCUCACCGGAAAGACAGCUCCUACCACGGGUCUUGAAGGAAAGUUCAGCAUUUACCAUGCAGCGGCGGUCGGGUUCCUAUACGGCGAGGCCACGCCGUCUCAGUUCACUGAUGAUGUGGUUAACAACGCUACGGUGGUCAGUUUGCGGAAGAAGGUCAACGUAACCACAGAUGAUGAGAAGUUUCGCACAGAUCAAGCAACAGUCACUGUUGAGUUUGAAGACGGGAGUACGAUCGAGAAGCAUAUCGAGCAUGCUAUUGGGAGUUUGGAAAACCCGUUGACCGAAGCCGACUUGAAGAAGAAGUUCGUUGACCAGGUCUCCAAACAGAUAGGUGAAGUACGGGCAGAGAAGGCUUAUGCUGCUUUCACGGGGAUUGGCAACUUGACUAAUGUGGGGGCUUUGCGGAUGCUAUACUAA